AGAGAGAGAGAGAAAGAAAGAAAGAAUGGGAUCAGUACCGGGGAAACUCUGAAGCAGGCUCGCGCUCCGGGAUGCGUCACGAGCUUUGCACCAAAACGUAGUUUUAUGGCAUCCACGUGAAUUUUGCGAUUUGAGGCACUUGCAGUAACUCUGAACCGGUGAUCAUGCAAGACCGGAAAUAUCCUGCAGCGGACUUCUGAGCCCGGAGUGGUGCCGGUGGUCCUGUUCCCGGUGCGUUCAGGGAGUAAAGCGGAUCAUAAAUCAACUCUCUCUGCAUUGACUAGUUUUAGUUUAAUCCUUAGAGGAAAUGGCUAUAAAUAAUGGAAGGAGCUGGACUGGAAGGCACGUGCUGUUUGUGUUUAUUCUCAAUUUGCCAUGUAUACAGAGCACUGAAUCCAGAUCUCGGUCACUGCUGGAAUCUCUCCAGUUACCUUCAAAUGCAGAGUAUGAGAUUGUGGCCCCAUAUGAGGUGGACAGUCAUGGGCGAUACGUUUCCCAUGCCGUUGCUCAUCAUCAUCGUAGGAGGCGCUCACUGGAGGACCAUGGGAUAGACAUUACCUCCACUGCGUAUUUCCGGCUCCAUGGUCUCGGACAAAACUUUCACAUGGAGCUGCAUCCCUCUGUUGGUCUUGUCGCUCCAGGAUUUACCAUCCAAACUCUAGGAAAAAAUGGCACAGAGAAGCUGGAGACAUUCCCUGGAGAGGACUUCUGCUUCUACCAGGGGUCACUGAGGUCAAAGUUGAACUCAACAGUAGCAUUGUCUACGUGCACUGGGAUGUCAGGUUUGAUUCGAACCCAGGAGGUUGAUUACUUCGUGAAGCCGCUCCUCCUUCACCAGUUAAAGAAUGAAAACUACACCACAGCACCUGAACACCAUCCACACAUCCUCUACAGGAUACACACACACAUGCUGGAACACUCGGGCAGGGCCAAACACCGUCAUCGGCGUCAUAGUCACAGUGACGAUGACUAUACACAUGGAGUACAUCAGAAACAACAUUACUGCGGAAAAAAGAAAAAAUAUAUGCCACAGCCUCCUGCUGAAGAUCUUUACGUUUUUCCUGACGAGUAUAAAUCAACAUUUAGAGGAAGACGAGCCGUGAGGCCAAACACUAAUCCCAGACUCAAUGUAGAGACAUUGGUGGUCGUGGAUCAGAAGAUGAUGGAGAAUCAUGGACGAGAGAACAUCACCACAUUCGUUCUCACCAUCCUCAACAUGGUCUCCACCCUGUUUAAGGACAGAACGAUAGGAGGAAACAUUAAUGUAGUGAUUGUGGGUCUGAUCCUGCUGAGCGGAGAACAGGAGGGGUUGGUGAUUAGUCAUCACGCUGAUCACACUCUCAGCAGUUUUUGUCAGUGGCAGUCAGCUCUGGCUGGUCGUGAAGGUCGCCGCCAUGAUCACGCCAUCCUGCUCACAGGAUUGGACAUAUGCUCAUGGAAGAAUGAGCCAUGUGACACUCUGGGUUUUGCUCCAAUUAGUGGGAUGUGCAGUAAAUACCGGAGCUGCACCAUUAAUGAGGACACUGGACUUGGACUUGCCUUCACCAUCGCUCAUGAGUCCGGACACAAUUUUGGAAUGGUCCAUGAUGGUGAUGGAAAUGUGUGUAAAAAGUCCAUUGGGAAUAUCAUGUCCCCUACACUCGCAGGAGACAAUGGACUUUUCUCCUGGUCAUCCUGCAGCCGCCAGUAUCUCACACGGUUUCUCAGCACUUCACAAGCUAUGUGUCUUUCGGAUGAACCAAAGGCAAUUGAGGAAUACAAAUAUCCAGAGAAGCUUCCCGGUGAGCUGUAUGACACCGACACACAGUGCAAGUGGCAAUUCGGAGAAAAGGCCAAACUCUGCACACUGAACUUCAAAAAGGACAUCUGUAAGGCUCUGUGGUGUCAUCGCAGCGGGCGAAAAUGCGAGACCAAAUUCAUGCCAGCAGCUGAGGGCUCCAGCUGUGGCCCUGAGAUGUGGUGCCAUCGUGGAGAGUGUGUGAAAAGGGGUGAUGAAGGUCCCCAGCCUGUUCAUAGUCACUGGUCGGAGUGGACUGACUGGUCAAGUUGCUCCAGGACGUGUGAGAGUGGUGUGAUGUACCGAGAGCGACAGUGCAACCACGAAGAGGAUGUGAAUAGAGGGAAUGUUUGUGAGGGUGUGUCUCGUAUUUAUAAACUGUGUAACACUUUUGACUGUCCUUCGAGUGCAAUGGACUUCAGAGCGACUCAGUGUUCAGAGUUUGACACAAAGCCCUUCCGUGGCCUUUAUUACCGAUGGAAGCCUUACAUGAAAUUUAAAGAUUAUGAUGCGUGCAAGCUCUACUGCUAUGCUGAGGGCUAUGACUUCUUCUUUGCACUUUCCAACAAAGUCCGUGAUGGAACACGGUGUACAGUGGGCAGCAACAAUGUGUGUAUUGACGGACUAUGUGAGAAAGUGGGUUGUGACCAAAAGCUGGGUUCGACAGCAGUACUGGAUAUGUGUGGUGUCUGCAAUGGAAAAAAUUCUACCUGCAAACUUUAUAAAGGCCGAUAUACCAAGCAACACUAUUCCAACCAGUACUACGGAGUGGUCACUAUCCCACCAGGUGCACGUAGUAUUCGUGUGGUGGAGUCAAACUCCUCGAGAUCUUUCCUUGCCCUGAGAAAUACGCACAGGAAAUACUAUCUAAAUGGUCAUUGGAAAGUGGACUGGCCUGGACAUUACUCUGUUGCGGGGUCAGUGUUUGACUACAAACGGCCCUAUAAUGGUCUUGAGAGUCUGACUUCAACAGGGCCCACCAGUGAAACUCUAGUGGUAGAGAUCCUGCUUCAGGGUUCGAACCCAGGGGUGCGGUGGGAAUACACACUAACUAAAGCCAAAGCAGAGAAGGUAACCAAGCCCAAACACAAAUAUACAUGGGCUGUGAUUCGCUCCGAGUGCUCUGCUACUUGUGCCGGAGGUGAGAUGAAAACGAAGGCAGCGUGUUAUAAGGAUCAGAGAGUCCAAGUGAACACAUCCUAUUGUAGCUCCAAAUCUAGACCCAAAACUGGCACUGUUUCCUGUAACACCCAACCCUGCCCAACCAGAUGGAGUGUAGGAGACUGGCAUUUGUGUAGUCGUACAUGUGGUUCAGGGGAACAGAGUCGGCAGGUGCAGUGUGUUCAGACAGCCAGUCACACUCGGGUGAAGGUGGUGAGUGAUAAGCAGUGUGUCCAGCCUCCACCUGCACGCACACAGACGUGUAACACACACUCGUGCCCACCUGCAUGGAACGUCGGCACCUGGACUCAGUGUUCACGCAAGUGUGGUAAUGGUGUGCAGAGGAGGGCAGUUGUGUGUGUGCUCAAAUCUCCGGGAUCGCGUGACCUUGUUCUCCCAGACAGCGAGUGUGUGCUCGAGCCCAAACCACACAGCCUGGAGGACUGUGUCCUGAAACCCUGCCCAAGAACACACACCACACACUGGAGCUUCACUCAUUGGCAACAGUGUUCAGUGACAUGUGGUGAAGGUGUACAGCUUCGUUCUCUGCAGUGUAUAGAGAAGGACAUGAUGGGAAAACACAGAACGCUAACGGAAAAGCAGUGCCAACACAUUCCCAAACCAUCAGCCGAGCUGCAGAGAGUGUGUGUCCAACCUGACUGCAUCAACACACACCGCUCUCACUCACCACAGUGGUAUACAUCAACCUGGUCUCAGUGUACAGUGUCAUGUGGUGGUGGUGUCCAGCACCGCUCUGUUCAGUGUCUCCUCCACAGCCGCCCCUCGUCCACCUGUUCCCUUCAUCUGAAACCGGCCACGUCUCAAAUCUGCAACACCAACUUCUGCCCUCAGCUGCACAGUGACAUGGAAUGUAAGGACACAUAUAGUUGGUGUAAUCUGGUGCUGCAGCACAGAGUGUGUAAUCAUCACCUGUACAGGACACAGUGCUGUCUCUCAUGCUCAAACACCAACUUCUGAUCUGCAGCAGCAAAUCGAAUUAUGGAUUAGCAUGUUAGAAUUCAAGACACAAACACAUCCACAUCCACCAUGUGUGUCUUAAUGUGUGAAGCAGCUCACAUUAGAGAGAAAUGCAGGAAUGUGUGGACUUGUGUUGAAGAUGGACACUGAGGAGAGAGAUUGAGAUCUCUGCAGUCCCUUAUGUAAAGGGUGCAGCAUUUAGGAAACGCGCAUUACCAGAGAUGGCUGUGAGUUUGUUCUGCUAAUGUGUGUUGUGAUGACUUAUUUUGCAUUUGCACAUAAAAUAGAAAUGUGACUGCUUUUGAAAAAAAAAUGUUUUAGGAGAAUGUUGUGCCAUGGACUGACUGAAGAAUCGUUUUUUAUAAUGUACACUGUUUGUAUUAAAAAUUAAAGUCAAUUUAAAGAA